AUGCCUCCGAAGCCGAAUAUUAGUAAUAAGAAGGCUAAGCUAUAUAACAGUCGAGCUAUUAGAGCUGAACUUACGGAUCCAAGCUUUAACGAGGGUAAAUUGUCAGUUCCAGACUUUUUAUCCUCAAGAAACUUCGAAAUAAAAUCAUUUGAGUUAUCACAAUUAAACUCCAAAUAUGCAUCUUCAACGAGAUGUUUUCAAAGUCUUCCAAGAACCUUAAGAAGGAGAACCGCAUCUCAUAAUGUGAAGCGUAUUCCUAAAAGAUUGAGGAAUAGGGCAUUGAGGGAAAUGCAAAAUUCAAUUAAUGGGUUACCACCUAAAAAGAAGCAUUUGCGUGGAAGAGAACUAUACAGAUUAAAAAUGUCCAGAAGAUUAUUAAAGUUAGCAUCAAGAAUCAAGUCCCUAAAAUCAAUUCCAACUGAAGAUAUUCAAAAUAAACCGUUGAAAUUACGUCAGAAGUUGAAAAUCUUGGAUGAACAAAUAAAGAUGCUUAGCAAAAAUACAGUUCAACCAAAGUUGAAUAAUAAAAUGGGCUCUUACGAUAAUUCUGGAAUAAACACAUUUGCUCCUAAACCUAAGGGAAACUUAAAAUAUGCAAAGAGACAAAAAGAUUUUGUAUGGGUUCCUACUCACGUAUGGCACGCAAAAAGAUUUCAUAUGAUAAAGAAAUGGGGAUAUCAGAUUCCUCUUGAGCCAACACAGAAAUGUUUCAAAUCUACUAAUAGGGCUUCAAGAAAUGAAACCAUAAUAUAUGACACCUCAUACUACGACUGCUUAAUCAUAGAAACUAUCAAUAGUGAAGAAGCUCAAAUACUUUUGAAUAAAAUUACUAAGUUAAAAAGCACUAUACCUAAGAAUAUAUCAAAUGGACUUAAAAGUUAUGAUGAUUGGCUAUUUAUGAAUGGUAAACGAAUUGGUAAGGGUUUAAUCUAUUUUGUUGAGGAUAUAAAUAAAAUGUUAAUCCGAGUUCAUCCGUCGUUGUAUGAAGAAUUUUUUGGGUACAUUAAAUCAUUAUUAAACGUUUCAGAGACAGGAAAUAAGAUUUUUGAUUGUCGAUAUUCAUUAGGUAGUAUAGAGCUUAAUGGCCCCAAAUCUAUUAAUUCUUUAAGUAAAAUACUUCACCUAAACGCUUCUGAUUUAAUUACUAAAAACUGGUUUGAAUUAGCCAAAUUAAAUGAUCCAAAUUCAGUUCCUAAUGGGACAACAUUUUGUUUUAAUACUAAAGACCCAAGAUUCUUCAAAUCGCCCACAAAUGUGCCUUAUACUGAAGUUGCUAAUUUUAACGAUUUAAUUGUUCGCUUAUCACAAGAAAGAACAGUUGAUAUAAAUUCCCUAGACAUAUUAUUGGACAAUGGUAAGAGAAAUAAUACAUAUUGUGAUCAACUUUCAACAAAAGAGAUAAGCCGUGAAUUUCAAAAAGACAAAAUUAUUCAAAAAAAUCACGAAUUUCCUAUCCUAAUUACCAAGCUGAAGUCAUCAAGUAACUGGAUACUUAUAUGUCCAUGGUAUUGGAUAUUGCCAAUAUGGUUAAAACUCAACCAAAUACAUCAUAUAAGCACAGGUGGAAUAAAACAAUUACAUCAGAUAAACUUCGAGCAUGGGAAGGCCCUGUACCCUGUCGAUUUUCAAUUCUUAAAAGAAGGAUUUUUAGAGAAUAAGUUCAAAAGCCAAAUUGCAGAAGUGCAAUAUUCGAAAAAACCCAAAUCGAAACGACCAAAAUAUGAAUUAUCUGAAGGAAUUAUUAAUCCAUUUGGAUGCGAUUGGAGUUUCUUACAAAAAAUGAUAUUUGCAUCAAGUCUUAGUGCUAAAAAUACGUUGUCUACGAGAAACCAAUUCGGAAACUUUGAUGAAAAUCUUAUCAGGACUGUUGAGUCAGUUAAUGAUGUUAUCGCUCUUGUUAGGCAAUGUAAAUCUAAUGAUCAAAUUCCAAUAGAGUUGUUUGACAAGCACAACCUUCAGCAUAAAAAGUUUAUGAACAAAUCUCUGUUAGAAGAUAUUACUGAAUUCCCGAAAUUACCAGUUUUACAGGUAAACUUAGAGAUUCAAGGGAAAGGCACUAUUCAAGAUAAUGCGAGAAUUUACAAAAUACCUUCAGAAGCCAGAGGUCAAUACCUUAAUGGUACCUUCGAUCAAUGUCCACUGCCUACUGAACUCAUUGGAUUUGUGACCAGUGGUUCCUACAAUUUAAAUCUCGGUCACGCAUCCGGAAUUGGUUGCAUAGUAGCAGAUCAUGAUGACGAAUUUGCAUUAGUUAGAAAUGUUGGAUCAUCAUUGGCAAAACUAGCCAAGUGGUCUACUGUAUAA